AUGGCCAAGCGGCUGACCUGGGUGCGGCUGCUGAGCCUGGCGCUGGAUGCGGCCAAGGGCAUGCUGUACCUGCACUCGCGCUCGCCGCCCAUCGCCCACCGCGACCUCAAGUCUGCAAACCUGCUGGUGGACAGCCAGUGGCACGUCAAGGUGGCCGACUUCAGCCUGAGCCGCACCCUGGAGCUGGGGGCCACCUCGUUCACAGUGGUGCAGACCAACCCUCGCUGGCUGGCGCCAGAGGUGCUCGACGGCAUGCCCGGCCAGCUGCCCGCAGACGUGUGGGCAUUUGGCACGGUGCUCUGGGAGCUGCUGACCUGGCGGCUGCCCUUUGAAGGCCUCAACACCUACCAGCGCACCGGCGGCUCCGGCCUGGCGGUGCCUGCGUCUGGCGACCUGGCGGCGGGCGCCUUCACCUGCUACCCGCAGUAUGUGCGGCUGAUGCAGGCCUGCUGGUGCCACGAGCCCGCGGGCCGCCCCCAGUUUGGCGCCAUCGUGGAGCAGCUGGGGUGA